AUGGAAUAUGAUAAUAUUCAUGAGAGUGUCAAUGUCAAUUGCAAUGUUGUUGAUGACAGUAUCAAUAAUCAGAAAGUUAAGGAACCACCUUCAAUAAACAAUGAAAGUAAUGAUGUUGAAAAAAAGAGUAAGAAAGCUAAGACUUGUACAUCGGAAGUUUGGAAUUAUUUUUCUAAAAUUGGGGUGAAAGAUGGAAAAGAGAAGGCUAAAUGUAAUGCAUGUGGGCAAGAGUAUGUAAUUGGUGGAACUAAAAUAGGUACUUCAACAUUAUUGCGUCAUUUGAAAAAGUGUAAUGUUAGCCCAAAAUAUAAGGAUGUACAAGGAAUGAUAAUUGACAAUAUGGGAAAGUUGAGGAGUAAGGAACUUGAUCAAAAGCAUGUUCGUGAGAUUAUGACAAUGGCUAUUGUGAAACAUGUUCAAGAAGGUUUAAAAGUGGCUGAAGUUGCUUUGCAGAAAAUUAGAGAUAGCAUUAAAUAUGUGAAAGGGUCAGAGGCAAGAAAAAUAGCAUUUACAGAAUGUGUUAUUCAAGUGAGGGGUAUUGAUGCUAAGGUGGGUUUAAGGUUAGAUGUGCCUACUAGAUGGAAUUCUACUUUUCUAAUGCUUGAAAGUGGUCUUAAGUAUCGUCGUGCUUUUGGAAGUUUCACUAUACGUGAUAGAAAUUUUAAACAUUGUCCAAGCACUGAAGACUGGAAAAAGGCUGAGAGGAUGUGUGAAUUUUUAAGGUCAUUUUAUAAGAUAACCAAUUUGAUUUUGGGCACAUCUUAUCCAACAUCUAAUGAAUAUUUUAUGCAAGUGUGGAAAAUUGAGUGGUUGCUAAGGGAUACACUCAAGAGUGAUGACCCACUAAUGAAAGAUAUGGCAAAAAGAAUGAUGGAUAAAUUUGACAAGUAUUGGAGUGAAUAUAGUACCAUUUUGUCAAUUGCCAUGAUUCUUGACCCACGUAUGAAACUUGAGGCUCUUCGAUUUUAUUAUUCAAAGCUUGAUGCUUCGACUUGUGAUGAAAAACUUAAUCAUAUCAAAGGAAAGAUGUAUAAAUUGUUUGAAGAAUAUGUGAGUGUAAGGUCAAAUUCAUCUUAUGCAUCAAGUUCCCAAGUUACUUGUUCAACAGAAGAACAUAUCAACAUAGUUGAAGAUGAAGAGAUUGAUCCAUAUAAUGAAUAUAUCAAUUAUGUAAGCCAACAUGUGAAUGUAACUGGCAAGUCUGAGUUGGAUUUGUAUUUAACUGAAACACCACUUGAGCCAAAGUAUUUUCCAAAGUUGGAUGUUUUGAGUUAUUGGAAGGAUCGUCAAGAACGCUAUCCAAACCUUUGUAGAUUAGCAUGUGAGGUGUUGAGUAUUCCAAUAACAACAGUUGCUAGUGAGUCUGCAUUUAGCAUUGGUGGUCAUGUGCUCAACAAGUAUCGAUCUAAUCUUCUUCCUGACAAUGUUCAAGCACUAAUUUUAACACAAAAUUGGUUACAUGGCUUUGAAAAUAUCGAUUUUUUGUUUAGCCUUUGCUAUUCCACUUUUAGGGAUGUCACUGUCAACCAGAAGGGAGACAUUUGA